AUGGAGCCAGAGCAAUUGCUAGAUAAAUUAAAUGAUAUUUUAUUAGCAGAUCAUUUUAGAUUUAUAGAAGUUAUAGGUAGAGGGAGUUUUGGUGUAGUGGUGGCUGCAUUUUGUAGUAAUUUAGAUCGAAUAGUAGCAAUAAAAGUUAAUUUAUAUUUUAAGAAUAUUAUAGAUAACAUCAAAUAUUGAUCAAGAGAAUGAAGCUAAUUUACUUAAAGCAUGUUGUCAUUAAAAUAUUGUAAAACUUUAUAAGGUGAGAGAUUAUUUGGAUUAUAGGUGUUAGUCGCUAAUAAUCAUCUUUAUCUAAUAAUGGAGAGAUUGGUUGGUUUAACUCUUGAUAAAUUAUUGAAACAAUCUAUAUUAUCAGAAUAAAGUAUAAGAAACUAUAUGAUUUAAAUUUUAAAUGCAUUAGUGUUUCUUCAUAAAAAGAAUAUAAUCCAUAGAGAUUUGAAACCAGGUAAAGAAAUUAAUAUAAUAGAAAAUAUAUUUAUAUGUGAAAACGCAUGUUUAAAAUUAAUUGAUCUUGGUUUAGGAUAAGAAAUUGUUUGUAAAGGAUGUGUUUAUUAAUCUGUUGGAACUCCAUACUUCAUAGCCCCAGAAGUCAUUUUAGGUAAGGAAUAAAGUUAAGUAAAAAAUAACUUCAUUUAUUUUAGGCUAUUGAUAUUUUUAGUUUAGGCAUUAUCUUUUAUAUGAUGAUCAACAAUUUAUAACAUCCAUUGUGGGAUGGUUAAAUGAGAAAAAGGAAUUAUUAUGAAUUUAUUUCAAAUGAAUUUACUAUUUCAUUCCCUAAGACUAUGUCUGAGUAUUCUUAAUUAUUAAUAUAUAUAUUAGAAUGGCUAAAGAUUUUGUGUUGAAUACUGUUUAAUUUAGAUCAGAAAAUAGAAUGACAGCCCUCCAAUGUUUAGAACAUCCUUGGAUUAAAGGAAAAGGAGUUAAAACACAUCCAAUGACUACAAGAGAAAUUAUGUUAAGAUAUAACAUAUAACAAAAACUAUAAAAUGUAAUUAUAUUACUAUAAUUAGAUAAUCAAAUCUAUGAUGUUUAUGAAAACUCUAUAAUAAACAUGUGAAGAAGAGAUUCAUUAUAUAAAAACAAAUGAUUCCCCUUUAAUUGUAGAAAAGGAAGAAGAACAAUUCUCUCCUCAUGAAACUGAUCGUGCCAGAUUAAGUGUUGAAUUAACAAAUUAAAAAUAAAAGCCUUUUAAAUUACAUCCUAUUCAACUAAAAAAAGUAAAUUCCUAUAAAGAUCUCCUUACUUUAAGAGAAAAACAAUUAAACUAAUAGAAAUAUCAAAGUAUAAAUUUCUAUUUAUAAUAAGAUAUGAUUUUGAGAUUUAAAGAAAAAUUAUCUUUAGGUAAUUAACUCAAUGUUAUUGGGCAUUAAAAUUUCGAUGCUCCUAUUAGUCAUCGAAAAUUAACAACUCUACCUACUAUUAAAACUAAUAGGUUAUAGAGAUAAUCAACUUUUAAUUUUAAAUAUUUUUGA